GAUUCCUAGGUUCCCUCCCACCUCUCGCCUUACAAUUACAAUUUGUUUUUCUUUUUUCUUUCAAAGAAUACAAAAAAGAGAGAAAAAGAAAAAAGAAGUUUGGGUCACAGGCUUGCCUUACAGCCAACCUCAUGCUCAUCUGCCAAUUACCAAAUUGAAAGCUCCACCACUUCCUCCGCCGCCGGCCGUCCACCCGCGUCUCCGGUGGACCCGAAACGACCGGAGUUCGGAAUUCCGAUAUCAGACCUGUAGGCGCGGCGGAGGCAACCGCCAUGAGGCUUGUGGUGCCUCUGCAAGGCGUAGUCCAAGGCCGCGGAGGUCUCUUCCUGGGCUCUCUAAUUCCUUGUGCUCUCUUCUACUUCCUCCAGCUCUAUUUCAAGCGAAACCGUUCUCCCAACUCCGACUCCUCCUCCUCCAAUCCUCCCUCCCCUUCUGUCUCUUCCUCUAACCUCGUCGACUUCCAGCGCUCAUCUUCCCGCUCCAAUUUACUGGCCCGUGGAUCCAUUGGACGGGUUCGGCUCUCUUCUCGAGCCACCUCCAUUGCUAAACCCAAUAACUCUCCCUAUUAUAUUGGAUUGGAUCGCGUUCUUGAGGAUCCAUACCAUAGGUUGGACAAUCCGAACGGGACUAUUCAGCUUGGGUUGUCCGAGAACAGGCUGUGCUUUGAUUUGCUUGAGAAAUGGAUAUCGGAAAAUUACACCGGUUCUAUAAGCGGAGGCAAUAGCGUCGAGUUGAAUAUUACGGGGAUAGCUACUUACCAGCCUUUUGAUGGAUUGUGGGAGUUGAAAAUGGCUAUGGCAGGUUUCAUGUCUCAGGUAAUGGGUGGUACAGUUGCUUUUGAUCCAUCCAAUUUAUUGUUAACAUCUGGUGCCACCGCCGCUGUUGAGGUACUCUGUUUCUGCUUAGCAGACCCUGGAAAUGCAUUUCUUGUUCCAACUCCUUAUUAUCCCGGUUUCGAUAGAGAUAUGAAGUGGAGAACUGGAGUGGAUUUAAUACCAGUUCACUGCCGCAGUGCUGACAACUUCAAUUUGAAUAUCACUGUUCUUGAGCAAGCAUUCAAUCAAGCCAGGAAACGAGGAGUAAAAGUUCGAGGAAUUCUCUUAUCUAAUCCUGCAAAUCCUGUUGGCAACAUGUUGCCCCGAGAAAUGCUAUACAAUAUUUUAGAUUUUGCCCAAGAGAAGAACAUUCACAUUGUAUCUGACGAGAUAUUUGCAGGAUCAAUUUAUGGAAAUGAGGAGUUUGUGAGCAUGGCUGAAAUUAUUGACUCAGAAGAUUUCGACAAGGAUAGGGUUCAUAUUGUGUAUGGGCUAUCAAAAGACCUCUCUCUUCCUGGUUUUAGGGUUGGUGUCAUCUAUUCGCAAAAUGAAAACGUUCUGGCUGCUGCUAGAAAAUUGACAAGAUUUUGCCCAAUUUCUGCUCCAACCCAGCGUCUUGUAACCUUGAUGCUUUCGGACAAAACCUUUGUGAACGAAUACUUGGAGACGAGCAGAAAGAGAAUUCGAGAGAUGUAUGUUCUUUUUGUGGCUGGUUUGAAACAGUUGGGAAUUAAGUGUGCAAAGAGCAGUGCUGGUUUUUUCUGUUGGGCUGAUAUGAGUGGACUGAUGCAUUCUUAUAGUGAGAAAGGAGAACUUGAAUUGUGGGAGAAGCUACUCAAUGUAGCUAAAAUUAAUGCGACUCCUGGAUCUGCUUGUCAUUGCAUAGAACACGGAUGGUUUAGAUGCUGUUUCACUACACUUUCUCGAGAUGAUUUGUUGAUAGUUAUUGAAAGGAUUAAAAAAAUUGCUGUAACUUGCAAAUCUCCUAGUGGAGCUCCUGCAACUCAUUAGCUUCGACAGUUGAAGCUGACUCUGGAAUUUCUGAUGACAUAAACCUUUCUUUUGGUAGCAGAAGUUUGAACGACCAAAAAUUCUUUCAGGUUCGGUUCGAGAGCCUAAACUGACAUAUGCUUGAUUUGUCUAUAUUGGGUGUUUUAUCGUGAUUUUCUUACUCGGUAAAGGUUUUGGUGACGCUAGUUUGAUGGGUUACAAUGGUGUUUGAAGUGUAGAUUGCCAAGAAAUAGCAGAGUUUAUGCAUAUCCUCCAUGAUUGUAGAGGGUAAAGUGAAAAGCACCCAUAAGAGUUCCUUUUUCUUCUUGAUCUUGAGUCACAGCUCGUAUCUUCCUCCUCUGCCAUUCUUGAAACAUUUUUCUAGUAGGCUGAUCUUUUGAUGAGACAAUACUGUGAUGCUCUUUGAAAUGAGAGUGGCCUUACCAAUCAAAAUCUUCAUUGGUUUUGAUGGAGCAGAAGCCCAUUUUAUAGGUUCCCACUAAGAAAACCAGAAGUUGGGUUGAAAUAUUGAAGAGCCAAAUGGGAUAUCUAGGUUUGUGUCUUAUCAGAACCAUUAGAUUUCAGAAAUUAUCGUAGAUGAUCUCAUUACUGGUAAUAUUUACAGAUUUGUUGUAAUGUGGAGUAAUCUACUAAUUUAGGCCCUUUUUAGUUGAACAUUCGAUUUUUCCCCCUUCUAUUUUACCAUGAUGUAUUAUUGUCUUUAAAGUAGGAAUUUGGGCUAGGAGAAUUCAUAUUAGUUUUGUAAAUGUUAAAAAAAAAAAAUCGCCAUUUAUUUC